AUGGCACAGGCUGCCGUUGGAAGAGACAUCAUGGGAAGAUUUUAUGACCUUAUAGCUCUUUAUGGCACUAUCCUUUCCAACCUUGAGGAUAGGGUUGCUUCUACAGGGGUGGGCAAUGUUAGGAACUUGCUUGAUUAUGAUGAGAGUGUUAUGAGAAGUGCUUCAUCAAAGCGUUGCGAUAUUCUUAGAGAUAAGCAAGCUUGUAAAGUUAUUGCAGCUCUUUCUAGUGGUGAACUUUCAAGUGGAAAAGGUCUCAAUCAAGAGACUAAUCUACAACGUGCUAGUGGUACGCAUUGGGGCUUGCAUUAUGAUAUGCCGCUUCAAGAGUUGAAUAAUCGUUUCAAUGAGAUAAAAACUGAAUUGUUCAUUUGUUUGACAUGUUUAUGUCCAAAUGAAUCAUCUGUUGCUUUUGAUAAACAAAAAUUGAUGCGCCUUGUCGAACUUUAUCUAGAUAAUUUUUCUGACUUAGAACUCAUGGCACUUGAUUCUCAACUUGAUAUUUACAUUUUGGAUAUGUGCUCUAAUGUCAAAUUUAUGGGAUUGAAGAUCAUGCAAAAAUGA